CGCGCUCCCUCAGGCGCGGCCAUGGCGGCGGCGGCGGCGGCGUUGGCGUUUCUCGUGACCCGCGGCGGAGGGCUGCCCAGGGCGCGGACCCUGGGGUCCCUCCGCCGGCUGCACACGGUGUACCAGACGGUGGAGCUGCCGGAGACACACCAGAUCCUGCGACAGACGUGCCGGGACUUCGCCGAGAAGGAGCUGAUGCCGCUCGCGGCUCAGCUGGACAAGGAGCACCGCUUCCCGGCCGAGCAGGUGAAGAAGAUGGGUAGCCUGGGGCUGUUGGCUGUGGAAGUGCCAGAGCAGUUCAAAGGAGCUGGCCUCGACUACCUGGCCUAUUCCAUUGCCUUGGAGGAGAUCAGCAGGGGCUGUGCGUCCACAGGCGUCAUUGCCAGUGUCAAUAAUUCUCUGUAUUUAGGGCCAAUACUCAAGUAUGGUUCUGAGGAACAGAAGCACAAGUGGAUUUCUCCCUUCACCAGCGGGGACAAAAUAGGAUGCUUUGCUCUGAGUGAACCAGGGAACGGCAGUGAUGCGGGUGCAGCAUCCACAGUGGCACGUCUGGAUGGUGACGAGUGGGUGCUGAAUGGCACCAAGGCCUGGAUCACCAACGCCUGGGACGCCUCGGCCUCCGUGGUGUUUGCCACUACAGAUAAAUCCCUGAAGCACAAGGGCAUUAGUGCAUUCCUUGUUCCUAUGCCAACUGCGGGGCUGUCCCUGGGGAAGAAAGAAGACAAGCUGGGCAUCCGAGCCUCUUCCACUGCCAACCUGAUAUUUGAGGACUGUCGGAUACCCAAGGACAACCUGCUGGGGCAGCUAGGAAUGGGCUUCAAAAUUGCCAUGCAAACUCUGGAUGGAGGGAGGAUCGGCAUCGCCUCUCAGGCUCUGGGAAUAGCUCAGGCAGCUCUGGACUGUGCUGUGGAUUAUGCUGAAAAGAGAAUGGCUUUUGGGUCACCCAUCACAAAGCUGCAGGCGAUUCAGUUUAAGUUAGCAGACAUGGCUGUGGCGUUAGAGAGUGCGCGCUUACUGACCUGGAGAGCUGCCAUGCUGAAAGACAACGGGAAGCCCUUCACAAAGGAAGCAGCGAUGGCCAAGCUGGCUGCGUCAGAAGCUGCAACAAACAUCGCUCAUCAGGCCAUCCAGAUCUUGGGUGGUAUGGGUUAUGUGACAGAGAUGCCAGCAGAACGUCAUUAUCGUGAUGCUCGUAUCACUGAGAUCUACGAGGGGACCAGUGAGAUCCAGAGACUGGUGAUAGCAGGUCAACUGCUGAAGGCCUACCGUAGCUGAAGAACCUUAGAGCAAGAUGCUGCCCUGAAGUGCCUCCUAACAGCCAUCCAAGCGCUGAGGAUCACGAUGGAAGUUUUCCUCACUAAUGAGUAACUGACCUUAAAAUGUGCUGAUUCUUCUCUGGGUGAAGUACGUUGCAUGGAAGGCUGUAUCCCAGUUUGUAAGCAGAUGGCCAUGCGUGCAAGAGAGAGGAAGCAGCUCAUGGCUGCUUUUCUUAAUCAGCUCACUGUACUUUCUUUGCAAGGCUUUGUCAGUGAGCAGUGUGAGAAGCAGUGCCAGUGUUAGAGAUGUGACCCCUGUGCACUCUUUCUGGGCUGCUGGUUACACUGCCGUGCUUCUCAAAUCCCAAAGUUUGGGAUGCAGCUGUGGUGAGCUCCCUGUUCAAUGCAGGCUGUACUGAGACCUGCUGCAGCAGUGCCCUCUCCCCCACCUCCAGCAGGAGAGGAGCCAGAAGGGAGGACACAGGCACUUCCUAUGCAUGAAAGGCUCUUACUCAGGCUGUGGUUGCUGUGUACAUGGAUGUAAAAGCAAAGGUCAGAAAAAAAAAACACUAGCUUUCAUGGUGUGAGCCCCUCAUGGAUGGAGCUGUAAAAGCAAAGAAGAGAGAAGCUGCAGUGGUUGAGACAGAUUAAAAAAAAAGAAAAUGAA